AUGUUGCUGUUCUUCAGAGAUCAGCAGAAGAAUGCCAAUAGCGCUCAAAGGCGAUGCUCUAAAAGUGGUGAAGCAGAAAAUGGACUGCUGUGUAGACGAAGGCUUGCAUCUAGUGAUUCAUUCUCACCGGUUGUUGAAUGUGAUGUGAAUACGAGCUCUAGCUCAAAUGAAACUAGACGCCGUGCCGAACACACGUACUUUGAUGAUGACGCUGAACAGGAUUGCGAAGCAAACUGCUCAUCUUCAGUUUUAGCCGACAUAUCUACGAAUAAUAUCUCUACCGAGAAUGUACACAAACCAAAGUCCUUACUUCCAAGGCGGACAUUCAAGCGGAAGCGUCUCAGCUCAAAGGGCAGUGAGAUCCUCGACGUUUCAAGCUGCAGCACCGUCUCAAAAAAAUCUCAGCACACAAAGAAGAGGAAAAAGAUUUCUAGCGUUACCGUAGAAGGAAAUGUGGACAAAAAAGAGCGAGAAAAUUUUAUUAAAACUCUAUCGAAAGAACUGGUUGCUGAUGUGAAGCGAGACGUUAUUGAUCGGCUUUUUUCUUCGCCACUUCUGAUAAAGUUAUCCAUGCUUGAUGACUCGUGGACUGAACUCUGCACCGAACAGUUGAAACGUUCGAACCGGAACGGUUCCAUGUUUAAAAUUACACGCUUCUUCCGUGAUGAGAACCCGUUUGUGCGGACGUUCGUAGAAGAGGAUGGGAACAUGCACGCUAAGUCAUUUCACGACGACGUUAGGCUUUUGGUACGGAUGCUCCGCUAUCUUCUGGAGUCGAAGUGGGGGGCUGGUGAUGAAGGAAGUAGUUUCAUGCUCGAUGGUUUCACGCCGAAUGCGCUUGGUUGGCUCUGCUUGUAUUCCGAAGAGCAGCUUCCGAGAUGUCCUGUUGUCUUGCAGGAGAAAAUUCGUGACUUAUUUCUGCGUGAUUUUCCCAGAACUUCCAAAUAUGUAUAUUCUCCUGCAUUUUUAAAACCAGAGACGUUUGUUGAUGUGGUGGCCUUUCGAAGAGACGUUAUUACAUCGUUGAAUCUAGGAGAGUUAGAGGUACAUGGACGACCGCUGAUUAGGCUGAGCUUUCCCAAUCUAAGGGAGCUGAUUUGGCACAAUGCGGACAUGUUCGAGUUGGCAAGUUGGAAUACCCCUGAAUUGACUUUACUGUCUGUGACAGCUUCUUCUUCAUCAAUGAGUGACUUUGACGUUCUAGCUGAUCGACCGAAGUUGGAAUAUCUUUACACAGGACUGAAAGUUCCAGAUGAUCCCACGAGAUUCGACUUGGACGUACUACUAAGAUCCUAUCAAGCGUUUUGGAACACCCCCGUCCUCGCUGCAAAACGAGAGGAUUGGGGCGGUGGAAAUGAGCCUGACUACGCAAUUUCUGCUAUACCUAGUGUUCGCCGUAUAGCCUUUUGGAACGCUCCGGAGAAGCUUUUUGCUCUGAUGGCAAAGAACAAUAUCUCAUUCGACACAGUGCAGUUCGGCCAGCUAAACCAGGCACUAACUCGUCUGUGCUCUCUUGAUUCCAUAAUGCAGGCUCUCUUCAAAUUCAACCAGCCGAAAUAUGAAUGCUAUAAACUGGAAAUUUCUCAUCUCAAGCUGUAUUUACAUGCGAUGCCUGUUGUGUCUCUGGAUUACUAUCUACCUCAGUUAAUGAUGGGAAUCAAUGAUGCGAUGACCUCAAUAAGAAGUCUCGACUUAUUCGUCCAUUGCUCAUUUUCUGCGUCAAUGCCGACUUCAUGGGUGUUGGAGGGUCGGCAGAAGAACUCGUGCUCUAAAUUGAAAAACCUCACUCAUUUUUCUUUGCAUAUCGACGGCUUUUGUGUGUUCAACGACCUCGAUUGCCAUUUGCCACCAUCGCUUACAUGUGUCUCAGUAUCGGUAUCCCUUCCUGUUAUUGGAGCUCGACGAUCUUUAUCUUCGUUAAUGGACCUCGUGAAGCGGCUGGCGAAUGUUAACGCUUAUCCAGACCUGGAGGAACUUCAUCUGCAGGUGUGGGGAAUUCGAUGCGCUGAACAGCUGCUGAAUCACGUUGCUGACCAUCUCUCAGAUGUUCGGCGGCUAAGCAUAAUAGCCAUGCCUUUGUCAGAGCAGCGAGAUCGUCUCAUUGAUCUCAUUCGUCACGUUGCUUCAUCCUGCCCUCGUCUCGUUUCUCUCCAGCUCAGCGUGGAAAUGAUGCUGAUUCUCGUGUGGGGAAUUCGAUGCGCUGAACAGCUGCUGAAUCACGUUGCUGACCAUCUCUCAGAUGUUCGGCGGCUAAGCAUAAUAGCCAUGCCUUUGUCAGAGCAGCGAGAUCGUCUCAUUGAUCUCAUUCGUCACGUUGCUUCAUCCUGCCCUCGUCUCGUUUCUCUCCAGCUCAGCGUGGAAAUGAUGCUGAUUCUCCUGAAUGCGGAUAUGCGAGAUACGUGUGACUUCGGAGUAAACAGUCUUCCGCAUGUUUCUGAUUGUGCCGAAUACAUCGUCAAGCCUUCUUAUCCUGAG